UAUUAUGAAAAAAAAAAUAACAAAAAAAAUUCUCCCAAAUUCUAAAACAAGUAGAAUUUUAAUAUAAUUUGCCUCUAGUAUUGAUUAGAAAAAAAAAAUUAUAGUUCACAAAAUAACUAGUACUUGCUCUAUAUAUAGAGGUGGGGCCUAAUUAUUUUGUUUUUACUUUUUAGUAACAUGUGAACUUUGUUAGUUGGUUGAAAUGAGUGACAACAACAACAACAACCUUAUAUUAAAAAAAUCAUUUUAAUAAACCAUAUAUAAAACUAGCUAGCUAGCUAGUACUAUAAAACCAUUAUCAAAAGAACCAAAUCAAAGUCAUAUAUAUACAUAAUAUAACAACCAUAGAGAUAGAGAGGAGAAUAUUUUGAGAGAUGAUGAAAAUGGAAGUGGUAGUAGUAGUGUUUGUUUAUCUUAUACUAAAUCCCAUUACAUCAUCAUCAUCAAUGAGAAUGGAUCCUAAUUAUUCUCCAAUAGCUUCUUCUUCUUCUUCUUCUUCUUCAUCAAAAUUCUCAGUUGGUAGAAAUAUAUUUAAGGGACUCAAGUGUACAAAUUUUGUGAAAGAAGAAAUGGUGGACAAAAUACUUGACCAUGUAAAUGCUACAAAAGCAGUGAAGAUUACAUUAAUGAAAAGUGCUGAUUUUGGGAUUUGUGUAGCCAAUAACUUCUGUGAUUGUUUGAGUUUACCAUAUCCACCUGUGAUGUAUGGUUGUAUGGGUGUUCUUGGCUUGAAAUGCAUGAAUGAUGCUGUCUUAAAAUCACCUUAUCUCUAUUCAUGUGCCCUUGCUUGUGUUACCUCCAUCAUCACCACAGCUACUCACACUCCCAAACUUGAUGAAAAGUCAAUAGGAGAUUUCUGCUACAGCAAAUGCAGGAAGAGAGUUUAAUUACCUUAAUUUAUUUUUAUUGUAAUAAUAGUAGUUUUGUUUUGUGUGUUAUGGUAUAAUAUAUAUCUUAUAAUAUAAUAUUGUAAGAGAAAAAUAUAAAGAAAAAAAGUCAUAAAAAUAGUAGAAUAGUACUUUUUCACAUGAGCAUGACUAUUGCUUGCCUUCAGUUUUUUUAUUUUUAUUUUUUAUUUUUGCUACUUUCUGUAAUCUUUCACAAAAUAGUGAAAUUAAUCAUAUAUAAUUAUUUUCAUUAAUUAACAAUUAUAACUUGAAAUAUUCAU